CUUCCAUCGACGUCAUCGCCUCCAGCCAAUCCGCGUGGGGCUGCGCUCAUCGAGUCGGCACGGAGCGGCCAAUCAGGGGCGGUGCGGCGGGAGCCUUAUUUGCAUAAUAAUAGAGGGGCGUGGUCAGGGCGCUCACCGAGACCCCGCUCAUGGCCCACAGCACCAAGCCCGCUGCCCUGCUACACGCCACGGGCAAGGCUCAGCAUGGCAACUUCCUGGUGGCCAUCAAACAGGAGAAGGGGGAGUCGGCGCGGGUGGGCGGCGAGAAGCCGGAGGAGGAGCCAGUGAAGAAGAGGGGCUGGCCCAAGGGUAAGAAGAGGAAGAAGAUCCUUCCCAACGGCCCCAAAGCCCCUGUGACGGGCUACGUGCGCUUCCUGAAUGAGCGGCGCGAGCAGAUCCGCACGCAGCAUCCCGACCUGCCCUUCCCGGAGAUCACGAAGAUGUUGGGAGCAGAGUGGAGCAAACUGCAGCUCUCGGAGAAGCAGCGGUACCUGGACGAGGCGGAGCGGGAGAAGCAGCAGUACAUGAAGGAGUUGCGGGAGUACCAGCAGUCAGAGGCCUACAAAAUGUGCACAGAGAAGAUCCAGGAGAAGAAGAUCAAAAAAGAGGACGUGGGCACGGUGGCUGUGAACACCCUACUCAACGGGCACCCGCACAAGGCUGGCGAGUGCAGCGACACCUUCUCCACCUUUGACGUGCCCAUCUUCACUGAGGAAUUCUUGGACCAAAACAAGGCCCGGGAGGCCGAGCUGCGGCGCCUGCGCAAGAUGAACACGGAGUUCGAGGAGCAGAAUGCCAUCCUGCAGAAGCACACGGAGAGCAUGAACUGUGCCAAGGAGAAGCUGGAGCAGGAGCUGGCGCAGGAGGAGCGGCAGACCCUGGCCCUGCAGCAGCAGCUCCAGUCCGUGCGGCAGGCCCUCACCGCCAGCUUCGCCUCGCUGCCCAUCCCCGGGACUGGGGAGACCCCCACGCUGAGCACCCUGGACUUCUACAUGGCCAAACUGCACAGUGCCAUCGAGAGCAACCCCCUGCAGCACGAGCCGCUGGUGCUGCGUGUCAAGGAGAUCCUGUCCCGGAUUGCCAGUGAACACUUGUGAGAGGACCAGUCCUUCCAGAUCCCGGGCCUGGCUGGACCCUGGGCCUGUCCCUUGGAGCUCACUCAAGGGACAGUCUCUGGCUGCUCCCCCUGCCCCUUGCACCUUCCUGCAGCCGGGACCCCCCAGCCUGGACCGGCCAACGACCGCUGCACCAGCUCCAGGGACCUUGAGCUUCAGGGGCCAAGCGGUGCCAGGGCUGAGAGCCCAGCUGGGGCGGCGCUGGGAGAGGAUCAGCAUUGGUGUGAGCACCCCUGGCUCUCCCCUGCGCCCCCCAGCCCUGCCUCGCCAACCAGGGUUUCCCUGAAGCCUGGCUGGGGCAGGGGGGGCACUGGUGGGGUUGAGCCUGGAGUGAACACACCCCUUUAGGGUAACUGGGGCUGGGGGGCACGAGGGGGUGACCGGGACCCCCUUGGUGCCAUCCCAGCAAGGGCACGAGGGCAGCUCCUUCCCACCGCCUGCCUCAGCUUUUAUUGAAUGGGUGCCUUCAGCCCCUGCCCCUGUCACCCUGCUUGGCUUCCCUCCUUCCCCUCCAUAGCUGGGACCAGGCAGCAAGCUCCUUAAAGCAAUAAAACUCUUCAGGCUAGAGGGGAGCUGGAACUGACCUCCUCCUGGGGCAGGGGGCAGGGGAGAGCUGGGACUGACCCCCUCCCAUGGUGGGGACCCCUGGAAGAGGGGACCCGGGCCCCACCUUGUCCUGGGGUGGGGUCCCCUGUAGCGGAGGAGCUGUGACCGACUCCCUCCUGCUCGCAGGGACCCUGGGUGUGCUGCGCCGGCUUUUGCCUCCUGCCCCUUUUGCCUGAGCCACCCUGCUCUUGUGGGACCACUGUGCUGGCAACCGGGGUCGGGGCUGGUGUCCCCGGGGCUGCCUGUCAUUAAUCUCAGACUGUGUAAUUAGAGAGUGUCUUAUUUUCUUACUUAGCACUACAUGGGCCUGGCCCUGGCUCGGACCGGGACCGGGGUGUUCCCACCCCUCCCUCGCUUGCCGGGCCUGCGCUGUGCAUCUGCCCUUUGCCGUCUCCUGGUGCCGCUGGGCUGGGGAUGGAGAUGGGAGCAAAUAAAUGUGGGAGAAAACCA